GUGGGAGGAACCGCACAGUCACCAGUUGCACGAAGUUUCGUAGAGAUCGAGAUACACAUCACCUCAACAAGAGAUCUCACCAUCAGCAGCUUUGACAAAAUCUCCUGACAAACAGAGAACUGACAAUCAAAAGGAGCCAACUUGAGCCCCGCCCUCCCAGGCAAACGCUCCGCCCACUGGAUUUGUAAUUGUGGAGCGGCGAUGGAAUCUCAACGCAGUGAAAACACGAGUGCGGUAACGCAGGUUGUAGUGCCAGAGAUGCUGGUGGAGGGACACGUCAAAAAACAAUGCAAUCUUCUCGGUGACAUACACAAUGUCCCAAUUUCUCUUGAUAUUGGAAAUCGAUCUCAAAUAUUGGAGAUAUUAGACAAUGCACGUAGACAAGGAAUCUUACCAUGGGAACCAAGCAGAGAGCACAGCGUUGCCAUGAGUUUGUCUGCAUACAACAUCAAGAUCAUGAAAGACGACUCUGAGGUUGUGAUGGGUCGAAUUGCUGUUCAUGAAAUUGUUGCAGUAAGUUACUUGCACGACGAUGACCAACAUCUAGUCAUUAUAAAAGCAGGCAACAAUCGACGACAAAAAUGUACUUGCUAUGUGUUUCAUUGCAAACGUGGAAGAGAUGCAGAAGAGAUCUGCAACCUGAUUGGUCAAAUUUUUGAUAUUGUCUACACUGAAGCAACAAUGAAUCAAUUAGACACAGCGAUCGUCGGAGGGGAUGGAGCAAUAUACUCAACACCACAUCGUCAAGUUCAAACUGUCGGCAGCACUGCUGGAAAUGAAUCACAACUAAUCACUCCCCACAUAAUGGAACAAGAACUGUUUGCAGUUGACCAAAUGGCUCUAACUGCUGUGGGUCAAGACAACAAACCAAGCAAUAUGAGGGCAAAUGAAGUUGAUUCUGACUCUGAAUAUGAAACUGAUGACGAGCUCAGCAAUACAAGCCAACAGAUGGUUCAAGACUACAUGCAAAUGUUGGGGAAAACCCUACAGCAACAUGAACUGAAACAUUUUGCUGAAUUGCUAACAACAUACAGACAAGGCAAAGACAUAAACACCUUCUUCAGUGGCCUCCAAAGUCUCUAUGGAGAAGAACGCAAAUUUCUUCUUCCAGGAAUGCAUUCAUUCAUCCCUGCCGAGCAUCGUGAAGAGUUUGAGCAGUUUUUAGUGGACAAUGGAGUUCAUGACGGGACUGGUUCAUCGACUGAUAGGAAAGCCCAAAGGCAUAAGUCAAGGCGUCCAGGCAUGCAGAGAGCAAAGUCAAAACGCAGUGGAGCAGGACCUCCUCGCCUGUCAGAUGUACAACUUGUUCCUGGGGUUCCCGAGCAUCCAGAGACAGAGGAAGCACCAUCGCCUCCUCCACAAGCACCAACAGAACCAGAACCAAUACCACAACCAGACCCAAAUGAUGUGGACGCCAUGUUGCAGAGCAUUCAAACCGAAAUGGAUGACAUGACUGCUAGCUUUUCUUGAUUGGACUAGUACGUGAUAAGUGACAACUAGCUUGUAACUUGCCUUUAUAGCUUGGCAGGUGCUACCACACAAUUCUCAUUUUCCACCAACAGCAAUGUUCACAAUGCAGUAUGUUGACUCAUCAUAAAGUGUUGUAAGUUGGUGAACAAAUUUAAGAUAAAAUUAAUGUGUACCGGCCGUUACCAAAUAAUCUAGCCGAGCAGUCUGUCGUUGCACUC